ACCUACUCAUAAACCCCCCCUCCCACUCAACUUCCUCUGUUUCUGCUCUGUACCCUGCUCUGUCUCUGUCUCUCUCUCUCUCUCUCUGUCUGAAGUUCUCUUUGAGUCCACUGAGCAAAGAGCAUGGACUGCCAGCGCAACCCUCUUCUCAGCUGGGCAUUUGUGUGCUGCCAAGGAAAGAGCAUGGAGGAGCUGAGGCAGUCGCUGCUGUGCACGACUGUGGAGCUAGAGAACACGAGGGCGCUUGUCCAGGAGGAGCUGAGGAAGAGAGAUGACCAGCUGAUUCAGCUCAGAGAACUGCUCGACAAGGCCAUCAGGGAAAGGGAUGAGGCUCAGGACAAGUGCCAGAAGCUCUUUUUGGAGAAGCUCUUGAUUCAGCAGCGGCAGCAAUUGACAGGUCCUCUUUCCGGAGUCUCGAGCAUUGAGGAUGAACCGAGAAGAGGCAUUGACUUCAACAACGCCCUCUCUUCCUCAGAUAGUGAUGAGAGCAUUGUCUCGUCUCCGCCACCUCAAUUGACUUCACCAACAACAACAACACCGCUACCGCCGCACCAGCCACCGCCGCUCCUGUCGCAGAUGAUGACAGUGGUCCCGCAGAGUUCGGCGCCGGAUUUCGAGCUAGUGCCUGAUAAGCCGCUGCCCGAGAAGGGCAAGCUCCUGCAGGCCGUCAUGAAAGCUGGGCCCCUUCUUCAGACCUUGCUCCUCGCAGGGCCGCUUCCUCAGUGGAGACACCCUCCGCCGCCGCUCGAGUCGUUUGAGAUCCCGCCCGUCACCAUCCCUUCUCCUCCGCAGCAUCUGCCGCCGUCGCCGAUGGCGGUGCCACCGCUUCUGCUCCAAGACUCUCUGGCGGGCCUGAAUGCCUGCAGUGGCAUUGCCAAUUGCGGGAGGUUGAGUAGAAAAAGAGGCCACUUCGAGGGGUCUGAUUCACCUACAGAGCCCAAAUACCAAAGGGUUCUUCUCAAUUGACAGAAACCCACCUACUAUAUUAGGAGAUCUCACUAAUCUAUAGUUUCUAUUUGCCAUUUCACACAAUUAGUGAUGGGGGGAAGGAAGGAACUGCAAGUAGCAUCUGUACAGAGGUUUGAUUUUGAUCUAGGAAAAAAGAAAAACAGAGAGAAUUCCAAGUUAACCCAGGAAGGGGAGGAUCAGAGAGCUGCUGCAAGCUCUCAGUUAGUGUUGCUGGUGAUGAUUUUUGUCACUUUUACCUUUUUUUCUUCCUUUUGCCUCUCAAAUUAUGCUUACCCUUUUGAUUCAUGACAAGCAAGGAGCUUGCUUUCUCCAAGAUUGUUGCCUAGACAUAGGAGGAAAGCUGUAACUUUGAUAUCAAGAUAGUAUCAGCCUAGAGUGUGACUGUGUAUGUAUGUGUGAGGCGAGCGAGAGAGAGAGAGAGAGAGAGAGAGAGAGAGAUGAGAUGAGAUCAAACCAAAGCAUUAGUGUGGAGUUGUUAGGGGUAGGGGAGGAGAUCGGGUAUGGCCAACCACCGGAAGGUCUAAAGUAGGCCAUUGCUUGUCGGGUUUGUGUGGUUCCCGCAAAUCAGAAUCAGUAUCUACCGCAAGUGUGAUGUUUGGAUUAUAUUAUCUUAUAUUAAAGCC